AUGAAGGGGUCGUUGAUCGCCACCACCUCCACUUUUCCACCUUUGGCGGCGGCUCGAGUCACCAAACGGCCGAUACGCCAAAACUUUGGAUCUGUUUAUCUGGUGUUUGUUUUUCAGUUUGACUCCACCCACAGUUUGUGGAAACAUGGUGAGGUGAAGGCAGAGGGCGGGAAACUGGUCAUCGGUCGCAUGCGCAUCACGGUUUCCACGAGAGAGACCCCGCCCAUCCGCUGGGGCGACGCCGGCGUCGACUAUGUGGAGUCGACCGGCGUCUUCACCACCAUUGAGAAGGCGUCGGCUCACCUGAAGGGCGGGGCUAAGCGGGUGGUGAUCUCCGCCCCCAGCGCUGACGCCCCCAUGUUCGUGAUGGGCGUCAACCACGAGAAGUACAACAACUCCCUGAAGGUGGUCAGCAACGCCUCCUGCACCACCAACUGCCUGGCUCCGCUGGCCAAGGUCAUCAACGACAGCUUCGGCAUCGUGGAGGGGUUGAUGAGCACCGUCCACGCCACCACCGCCACACAGAAGACGGUGGAUGGUCCGUCAGGGAAGAUGUGGAGGGACGGACGUGGUGCGUCUCAGAACAUCAUCCCCGCCUCCACCGGUGCCGCCAAAGCCGUGGGGAAAGUCAUCCCAGAACUGAACGGUAAACUGACAGGGAUGGCGUUCCGCGUGCCCACGCCCAACGUGUCCGUGGUGGAUCUGACAGUUCGUCUGCAGAAACCUGCCAAGUACGACGACAUCAAGAGGGUGAUCAAGGCGGCGUCUGAGGGAUCCAUGAAGGGGAUUCUGGGAUACACCGAGGAGCAGGUCGUGUCCACAGAUUUCAAUGGCGACCCUCACUCCUCCAUCUUCGACGCCGGCGCCGGCAUCGCACUCAACGACCACUUUGUCAAACUUGUGUCCUGGUACGAUAAUGAGUUCGGUUACAGUAACCGUGUGUGUGACCUGGUUCAUCACAUGUUCACUAAGGAGUAACUCCAGUGUGGCACACCGGCCUUCCCAUCAGCCCCUCUUCCUUCCCAUCAGCCCCUCUUCCUU